UUGAUAGCAACACGGAAGCUAUAAUGGUGUCCUGGCAGUAGUGUUUGCGUUCGUGGUGAGAACAGAAGACCGUGGUGUAGUUCUGUUACAUACGGUGUUUCAUUAAAUGGAACUAGAGUUUUAAUGUGUUUUCUGGAAUCUGAAUUCUGCCCUCUCGUACCGUAUUAGUUUCUUAACCGUUUUUCGUAGUUUGUAAACAAGUGCGACAGCAAAUUUUCACCAUGCCUGCCAGCGGACCCGUCUACCAGCCUACUACUGAAACAUACGAGCAACAGAGGGACUGGACGCGCGUCAGUUAUUUGUCUCAGACUGUUAGUAAUGGCAUUAACAGAACGAAAUGCCUGCAGUGGGUAACCCUUGUCCUCGGAUUGUUUGCUUUAGCAGCAGGGCUUAUUAUGCUCAUUGAAGGAGCUGUCGAUUAUUCAGACACCCGCCAGCACGAAGCGGAUGAAAGUGGUUCUACAAGUGAUUUAGUGAUUGCAGUUGCUGGUGCAAUUCUCAUUGUUAUUGGUUUUGUACUUAUAGCCUUUUACGUGCGCACAAUCAGGAGGAGGAAGAGUUGCUUCUGCUUCGACUCGAAGGAACAGAGACUGGCCAGACAGCUGGACAAUCAGGCAAGCAACGGCCAGGUGCUGACAUUGAAUCCAUCAACUGAUCUUCUUGUGACUGCACAGUAUGCUCCUGUGUCAGAGAUUUCGUAUCAGCCACCAGCAGUGUCUGAGGAGGAGGAGACACGCAAACUCAUGGGUAGUGACAACAAAGAGUGCAGUGAUAGUGUUGCUGCUGGAGGAAACAUUCAGUCAAUGAUCACCAACAAGAUGAGGAAGAUUUCUUCCACUUCCAGCUGCUUUGGUGGUCGUCGGCUGGCACCUCUUGCUUCAGGUGAAGAUGUAACGCCAUCACUGCGAUCUUCAUUUGCAAGUGUUUAUUACAACAUGACACCGUACCCAUCAGACCUCUCUCUUGGUUCAUCUACAGCAACUGAGUGACUGCUUGGCAUUUUAGUUAUGUGGAUGAAAUUUGUGGUUUUAAUUGAUGUGUCUUAGAAUUUGGCUGCCUUUGUGUGAAAUAUUGUUUGUAGAAAAAAAAUUUUGGACUGAGCUUAAUUGACUGCUUGCUUUUUCAAGUAUUAGUUUAUUUUAUAAAGCACAUAGGAAAAGAAAGCAGUUUGAUCUGUAAAUUCUAUGUUGUAUGAAGUCUUUAGUUAAUAAAUGAACUUCUGUUUCUAGCUUCCAUUUCUGAUAGUCAUUGUCUUUCAGAGUGGUUUGUUAAGCAGCUUUGUAUUGUCUGUUAUAUCACAAUGUGACAGUAUAGCUACACACACAAUUCUUUGCUUUCUGUGUUACCUUACCUUGCCAUGUACGCAUUUAGAUUUUAUAUGCGGUAACAACAAUCAGAUUUGUAAAGUAUAUAGAUUCGUCAGUUGUAUAUUUUUGUUAAAGACAGGAUGUGGAUUCAGUUAUUGCUGUUCUUUUCUCCUAGAUCGCCAUUUUUAAUUCUGAACGUGAUUCGAGUAAUGAAUUAAGAUAGCGUCUGCUAUUGUUACAAAAAUUGAAUAUUUUAUCACAGUAAAUGUAUAUAGGAACUAGUCAGAGCACACUGAUUAAUUGUAGGUGCUAAAUUAAAAUGUCAGUAAUGUUGUAAUCAUGUACAGAAAAAUUUGAUUUGGCUACUUAAUAAAAUACACUGUCACAGUGCAGUUAAUUCCAUAUUCUUCAUUGCAGGCGAUGCACAUAUUGUUGAUUGUUGUAAGGUAAUAGAAAAUAGUUACAGUUCAUGGAGUUUUGUCCUUAGAUACCAAAGAAUCUCAUUAAGCUCGAAAUUUCAACAAUACGUAGAUUUUUCAGGUUGACAAAAUAGUAGUGACUGCAUGCCUCUGAAAUUUGGCACAGAAGUCUUAAUUCUCCCCUCAGUUAAUUUCCGUGUAUUUAAACAAGUUAUAACUUAAUUCAAAAUACUUUCAGGUUGUACUGUUCAGCACAGUUUGAUUGACUGGUUCAAUUAAACAGUUGUGUAUUGGUGUUGACAGGGGAAGUGUUCGCAGACAUCAACUGAAAGUUAGUGAGCCUCAGUGGUCAUGCCUUGAUAUGUCACAAUUCAUACUGUAAUUUCGGGGUAAUAAUUUGCUACUGAUGCUAUUUUAUCAUUGAAGAACAUUUUACCAGUGAUUCAGGAUUAAUUCUUUGCCUUGGCUCACCUGCAAUUAAAAAUGUGGCCUAUAUCUCAAACUGUGAUUUGUAUUUCAAAAGAUAAAUGAAAUAAAACAGCUUUUAUAUUUUUCAUUCUUGUUUGACAAUAGAAUUGUACAUUGCAUUCUUAUUUACUGGCUUGUUUCUCUCAUUGUUUUAUGAAUAUGACUACAUUACUAAGACUGAUUAUUAGUGCAGAGCAUUUCAUUUUAGUGUGUUCAUGAUUUAUCUCGCUACAUUUCACCGUCCAGUUUUUAGUUUCAUGUUGAUUUGUACUUACUUUUAGUUUAUUUAUGACUUGACUAUAUCUUCAUGGGAAUGAUAGUUUGACGAUGUGUCAUUCUGUGUACACGUCUUAUUUUGCCAUGCCAAGGAGGAUGCUUUCGACAUAUGAAAACAUGAAGUGCAAUAACAAAUGAUUUAUGGUAUAAUUUUAUACUGUUUUCACACAAGCUAUUUAUGGAUUCAUUUGUGGAAAAUCAUUGUUAUUUUUAUUGUUAUCAGAAUAUCAAAACCAAAUUAAUGUAUUUUUAUUGAUUUGAAUCAUUUGUUUGCUACAAAAGUAUUCAAAUAAGGGAACUUACAUCAUUGUGGGAGAGUAUUAGAUUCAUUUUCAGACUAAUUUUGUUUCUUUCUGAACAUCAUUCUCAAUUUUACAAAAAUGAAAAUAAUUUUCCAGUUCUAUACUUCACAAUAAUUUCGCAAUGAAGUUGUUUUAAACAGGUUGUGUAUAAGAAACAGCAUCUAGCAUGGUUGUCUGUUUUAAAGUGUACUUAACAUUUAUUGAAUAUUACUGCUGAGAAAAAUCAGUUUAUACUACUUUUAAUUUGCUUUGUUACAGUAGCAGUAUUUAUACAUUGUAUGAAAGUUUU